AACCAAUGAAGGAGCGGGGCGGGCACUGAGGGCGGGUUCACGUGACCAGAACAGGAAGCGGGAGCGUCGCUAUGACGGCGGCGCUGACGCAGGGGCUGGAGCGGGUGCCGGCCCAGGCCGGGUACCUUGUUAUCAGCGACGGCGCCGUGCUGGCGUCCUCGGGGGACCUGGAGAACGACGAGCACACGGCCACGGUGCUGCAGGGCCUGGUGGCCACGGCCCUGGGGCUGCGCCUGCCCCGCGGCCACGAGCCGCCCUUCCGCCGCCUCUCGGUGGUGUUUGGCGAGCACUCCCUCCUCGUCACCGUCUCGGGACAGAAACUCUUCGUGGUCAAGCGCCACCACCACGUCCAGGAGCCGGUGGCCGUGUGAGGAAUGUCCCCAAAGCGUCCCCAAAGCGUCCCCAGAGGAGGUGGCACCGCGGCCGCGUCCCCCCCUCCUGCUGUCCCCAAAGUGUCCCCAAAUCCCCCCCUCCGUGGGGACAAUAAACGGCGUCCGAGGGCGGCUCCGGUGCUUUGUGACCUCCGUGGGGACACCCGGGUGGCAUCAGGUGACAUUCGGGUGACAUCCAGACCCUCCAGGUGACACCAGGUGACAUCCAGGUCUCUUUAUUGGCAAUAAAUAACAGGGACAGAGG